UAAGACAACACACACCCACACAGGCGCGGGUGUGCUUGUAGUGGUUUUAGCCGCUACCAUGGAAACGGAAAAAUCGUAAACAAAAGCCGGAAAAUUGUGGAUCGCAGAAUGUUCGCUGCCGCAAAAUAAAUAUAAAGCCAGUCAUGUCCUUUGAAAAAAUACUGUACAAAUAUGAGGAACCGCACGGUAUCGGCGAUGUGUACUUCAUUUGGCAGAAGGCCCUGUUGGCCACCACCGGAACCGAUGGCUCCGUGGCCCUGUACAACCGUCAGGGGCAGCUGGUGCAGCGCAUCAUACUCUCGGGGCUCUGCUCGGGAUUCGCCUGGGACCAGGAGGGCGAUCUGCUGGGCAUCAUCACCAGCGGUUCGCCCAACAUAACCCUGUGGGACUACAACAGCCAGGAAAAGAUCAGCGUGGAAACGGGUCUGCGAGAUCCGCUGACCUGCAUCCUCUGGUCCAAGCAGCAUCAGCUACUGGCCGUGGGCACUGGACGCGGCAACCUGGCCAUCUACAACCACCGCAGCGGAAAGCGACCCACUCCGGUGCUGGGCAAGCACAGCAAACGAAUCACCUGCGGCGCAUGGUCCGCCCAGAAUUUGCUGGCACUCGGCUCGGAGGACAAGAGCUUCUCGCUGAGCAACGAGGAUGGGGACACGGUGCGUGUUGUCCAGCUAAGGGACGCACCCACCGACAUGUACUUCGCCGAAAUGGCCAACGACGAACGCAUUGCCGGGGACAAUGCCAUCAGCAUGAUCAUCGGCAAGCGCACCCUGUUCCUCUACUACCUGCCCGAGCCGGAGAAUCCCACGGAGCUGGGCUUCCAGAGUCGCUAUGGAUCGUUGAUGCAGCACAAGUGGUUCGGCGAUGGCUACAUCCUGCUGGGCUUCUCCAACGGACAUGUGGUGGCCAUCUCCACGCAUCCCAAGGACGUCGGCCAGGAGCUGUGGCAGGUGAAGAACCACAAGGACACGCUGACGGGGCUGGCCUACUGCCCCACCCUGGACAUAGUGGCCUCUUGCGGAGAUGACAGCAGCAUUAAGAUUCACUCAAUAACGAAUCUCCAGGAAACUGAGCGAAUCAUAACCGUGCCCGACCAUGCCGGUGUCCAGAUGAUCGACUGGUCUCCCGAUGGCCAACUGCUGGCAGUGACCACGAACCACGGCACUGUCUACAUCUAUGUGACUAAGCUGCCGCACCUGUUCGCCGUGUCCGCUCCUCGGAUUGUGAUGCUGAGCAGUCUGGCCGAGGUGUCCAUCUAUGUGUACGCCCCGGAGAAAACCAAGUCACUGCCAUUCCGCUUGCCACUGGAGGGAGAGCCCACCUUCAUGGCCGUGGGCCCUUAUAACUUUGCCGCCGGAAUCGAGAAGCACGUUUGGUUCUAUGAUCUCGGCAAGAGCCUGGGCGAGGAGCCGCGUCCACUUAGCGAACGCGACUUCCCGCGAAGCGUGGAGAGCAUGAGGCUGAAUGCCGACUACUGUGCCGCUCUCUGUCCGCCGCAGCUGAUCCUUCAGGCCAUCGCCGCCGACAAUCCCAACUGCAAGGACAAGCUGCAGGCUGUGUUUCCCACUGCUCUGCCCAAUAUGCCCAGCGACGUGGUUAUCACAUGCUUUGCAUUAAGCCAGGAACUGCUGAUAUUCGCCACUGAUAUAGGCCACCUGGUUUUUUAUUCACUGGAAAAGUGGGACAGCUGCACCAUCUACAGGCAUAGCAUGGGCAUUCGGCAGCUUUUCAUCGACAUCGAAGGCACCAAGGUCAUAUUUAUAGACGAUCAUUCGCAAGGCUAUGUGUUUCUGCCCGUUGUGGAGGAGGCCUUGCUCAUUCCGGACAUUCCCAAGCAGUGUCUCGGCUGUCUGUGGGAUUUGACGCAGCCGAAUAUAUUCAUCAGCUACGAUGCGAGAAUCGUGAACACCCACACAUUUGUGCGACACUCUGUGCAAGGGACACACACCUUAAAAGUGGGUGAGUCCAAGCUGAAUCCGGGUCAAUUUCCACUGUUGUUGUGUGGCGGGGAAAUGGCACUGCACAUUGAUGGUGGUCAGUAUGCCACCCAGUCGCUCAGCACCCAUGUCGUGAAUCCAAGCAACAGUCAGAUGGCGAACCUUCAGGUGCUCCUGCGGCUGAGAAACUACGACGAGGCCUUCAAGCUGUGCAAGCAGAUGAAUCUCAGCAGUGCCUGGCGGGAGUUUGGAGAGCAGGCCAUUGCAGAUCUAGAACCGGAUAUAGCCAUUCGAGCGUAUCGUCAGCUGGGCGAAGCUGCUUUUGUAAAUGCCUUGGGAGAACUACGCUAUGUCGAGGACUUGGACAUGCUUAUAGGCUGCUGUUGUACGCUUUUGGGUCAGUACGACCAGGCCAAGGAGCACAUGUUGAAGGGAGUUUAUACCCGAGCAGCCCUGGAACUCUGUCGGGAUCUACUGCAAUGGGAUCAGGCGCUGCUCCUGGCCCACAAAAACGAUCCCCAAGAAGUGCCCUAUAUAGCCAGGGAGUACGCCCAGCAAUUGGAGUUCACUGGCAACUAUGCAGAUGCUCUUUAUCACUACGAGAAGGGCUACAAGGAGGAUUUGAUCAACAGCAAGGAGACUGAUACUGCUGCUUUAAUGGAAAGUUCGCCUGAGUACGAGGAGCAUGUGCGUCUUUGCAAAAUGGGCAUUGCUAGGACCUCUAUCAGAGCGGGAGACUUUAGACGAGGGAUUCAAUAUGCCGUGGAGUUGGAGGAUCAGCAGCUUCUGUUUGACUGCGCUGAACUAUUGGCCACCGUGGGACAUCUUACCGAGGCAGCGGGAUUGUACGAACGCGGUGGCUUCUAUGAUGAGGCCUGUGGCCACUACAUUGCUCUGAAGAUGUGGAACAAAGCCAACAAUGUUUUGCCCAAGGUGAAGAGCACCAAACUACAUGCCGCCUAUGCCAAGGCGAAGGAGAACGAUGGCCAUUUCGAGGAGGCAAUAAGGAGCUAUCGUAUUGCCGGUGACUUGGAUGCCUGCGUUAGGAUCUAUCUGGACCAUCUUUGCGAUCCCCAUGCAGCUUCCGAAAUCGUUCUGGAGUCGCGUUCCAUGGACUCUGCCAAACUUCUGGCCAAGUUCUACCAGAAGAUCGGCGAUGUAGAGCAGGCUCUUCAGUUCCUUGUCAUCUGCGGCUGUGUAGAGGAGGCCUUUGCCCUCGCCCAGCGACACAACAAGUUGAGGCGUCAUGGCGAGCUCCUCGAGCGAUAUGAGAAUGCCAAAUCCUCCGAUUACUUGGCGCUGGCUCAUUACUUCGAGGGUGAGAAGUACACACUACUGGCAGGAAAGUAUUACUUUCUGGCCAGGGAGUUUACCAAGGCGUUGAGGUUUUUGCUCAAAGCGUCAGCGUUUAACAACGAGGAGCAGGUUUCGCUAUCGCUGGCCAUUGACUGUGUGGCCACCUCGAACAAUGAGCAGCUGGCCUCCCAACUUAUUGAGUUUCUGUUGGGUGAAGUGGAUGGCGUACCCAAGGAUCCCCGGUAUCUUUUUCGCUUAUACAUGGCUAGGAAACACUACAAGGAUGCGGCCAAGACGGCUGUUAUUAUCGCCAACCAGGAACAGCUCGCUGGAAACUACAAAUCGGCAAGGGACCUAUUGUACUCCAUGUACCAGGAACUACGACGAAACAAUCUGUCGGUGACGGCUGAAAUGAGGCACCAAUUUAUCCUACUACAUCGCUACACCUUGGUGCGAAUUCACGUUAAACUGGGCAACCAUUUGCUGGCCGCCAAGCUCCUGGUUCAAGUGGCCGCCUGCAUAUCCCAGUUUCCAGAGCACAUCAUUCCCAUUCUCACCUCCACCGUAAUUGAGUGUCAUCGAGCUGGUCUCAAGAAGUCGGCCUUUACCUAUGCCUCCACUCUGAUGCGCCCGGAUUACAGGAACCAACUAGACCCGCGCUAUGCGAAGAAGAUCGAGUCGAUUGUGCGCAAGGCUCCCAAGGGCAUCAAGCAGUUGCGGGAUGAGAUCGACGACGAGACCAUGGAGUGUCCCAUCUGCGACUCGAACCUGGCCAACAUGGAGGUCACCUGCUACAGCUGCAAGACCACACUGCCCAUCUGCAUCGCCACUGGACAGCACAUUAUCAAGCAGCUGAUGACCUCCUGUCCGCAAUGCGAUUUUCUUUGCUUCCGUGCCGAGAUGGAGAAUAUUCUGUCGGAAAAUGGAGAGUGUCCCAUGUGUGGCGAGCACGUGGCACCGGAGCAGCUACUGGAUGUGGAGGACAUUCGGCCCUACAUUCUGGCAGCCUCUUAGGAUUUAGUCACUUAAGGACUGAACUGAAGCAAACAAAUAGACUGCACAUCACAACACCAAAAAAUAGAUACAUUUAAGUUGCAUAGCACAAAAUACACUUGA